GCGGUGAUGAGUGACCUUGGGGAAACAAGCGGUUCCUCCGGUCUGCGCCAUUCCAGUGGUUCCAACUACAGGACGUGCUGCAUGACUAUGACCCCACCUACGAGCGCAACGUAGUGCUCCGACAUGCCUAGUGUUCACAACUCAAUUAGCCUCCCCAAGCACAACCCAAGCAACUCCGCAUCGAUUCGCGUCGAGCAACAUCAGCACUAGCAGCAAUGGCUCCCAACCAACAGACUGCCAACGCGACUGCUGAAAAGCACGCUGUUGGACCCAAGCCCAUGUCUGCCAAGACCAUCGCCAUCCUCAAGGCCACCGCCCCCGUCGUCAAGGAGCACGGCACCGAGAUCACCUCCACCAUGUACGGCACGAUGUUCUCCGAGUUCCCGGAGGUGCAAAAUCUCUUCAAUAUGUCCCACCACCGAGUAGCCGGCGCCACCAAGGGUGGAGCACCCCCCGGUGUUUCGCGUCAGGCUACCGCGCUUGCCAACGCUGUCAUUGGCUUCGCUGCCAACUGCGACCAGCUCGGUAACCUCGGUGAUGCCGUUCCGCGUAUGGUGCACAAGCAUGUGAGUCUAGAUAUCCGUGCCAAGCACUACCCAAUUGUCGGUGGAUGUCUGCUACGUGCCAUUAAGACCGUCCUUGGUGACGCCGCUACCGACGAGAUCAUUGACGCGUGGAAAGAAGCCUACUGGUUCCUUGCCGACCUCCUCAUCCAGGCAGAGGACAACCUGCGCGACGAGUUCGAGAACAUGCCAGGUGGUUGGGCUGGAUUCCGCGACCUGCGCGUCUCUCGCAAGGUCAAGGAAAGCGACGAGGUCACGUCGUUCUACCUCGAAAGCACCGAUUCGUCCAAGGGUCUCAUGACGUUCAAGCCUGGCCAGUUCCUAUCGCUCAAGUUUGACAACCUCCAGAAUGGCCGCUCCAUUGUGCGCAACUACAGUGUGUCGUCUGCUCCAGGCCAGAACUUCUACCGUAUAUCUGUCAAAAAGGAGUCUGGCAAUGCUGCCAAUGACGUUCCUGCUGGUGUAGUCUCGUCACACUUGCAUAACGAUGUCAAGGUCGGUAGCAUCCUGCACGUGGGUGUACCGUGCGGACACUUCUACCUUCAGCCUUCCACUAAGCCGAUCGUGUUCAUCAGCGGUGGUGUGGGUUUCACCCCACUACUCAGCAUGCUCGAGUCACUUGUGGCAUCGUCAGCGAAGAAGCAGCCUGUUGUGUUCGUGCAGUACGCUCGUAACCCCAACGUUCGCGCAUUCGGCGAGCACAUCGAGAGUAUCGCCAAGAAGAACGACUUCGUCACCGCGCAUACAGUCUACGGCAAGUUCGACAUCAACCAGCUCGAGAAGUUCCUGUCAUCGAAGGACUGCGAGUUCUACUUCUGCGGCCCUGCUGGCUUCAUGACGGCCGUGUUCAAGUCGCUCAGCAAACAGUGGUCUGUGCCCGCGACUCAGCUGCACUACGAGUACUUCGGCCCCACACAAGAUAUCGGCGCUGACAACUCGACGAAGGGCCCACCGUCCGCUUGUCCGUUUGCCACCUUCGACUACCACACACGACUGAUGAGCAGCCAUGACAAGCCGUCACGAACGGGUUUGAUGGUCGCAGCUGCAGUUGCCACGUCCGCCGUGGUUCUCACGACGCUUUUACGAUCGAGAAAGUAAGCGACACAUCGAUUUAGGUGCGUGCGUUAGCGCGCAUGUUCGAGUUCGAGUAGGCUAUUAUCUUACUCCAAUACAGGAUCCAUUCGCUUUUGUAGUCUCCAAGUUGAAGUCGAGUG